AUGUCAGCCGAGUCCAACCUGAACCCGUUUCUGCUCGCAGCAAACACGCCGGACCCGGAUCACCGCCUUUUGCCCCUCCUGCGUUCAGACCCCGAGUUAGCUUCUGGGCAAGACGCACAUGGUUACUCGCUGCUGCAUGCUGCGGCUUCCUACAAUCAUGUGGAUCUCUUACGCUCACUUGUUAACGAGUUCAAAGUGGAUGUGAAUCUGAAAGACGAGGAUGGUGAAACAUGUUUGUUUGUGGCCGAAACGGUCGAAGUCGCAAAGUGUCUGGUGGAGGAGCUGCACAUUGACCUGCAGGUGAAAAAUGACGAAGGUAUGGACGCGCUCGAGAAGUUCGAGUCAGAGGAGGAAUUUCCAGAAGUCGCAGAAUACCUCCGCACCUUUACCUCCCUAGAUCCUACAGUGGGAACGGCUCCUACCCGGCCUGGGCCGGUUUCCAAUGGGGCCCAACGCCCUCCGUUACUUCCACCAAAUGUGUCCAUUAACAUCGGCACUGAAGCCGAUGCGGCGCCUGGAACACUUGAUCAAGAACCCGACCCUGAAUUCAGGAGAAGAAUAGAAGAGCUGGCAGCAAAGGAGAAUUUUCACACAGCAGAAGGUCAGAGAGAAUUGCGUGAGUUGAUCACGGAUGCGGUAAGAGACGUAGGAAAUGAGGGCCGAGAGGUUAGGAGACGUGUCGAGUAA